GCUUGGGCUUUUGGCUUCGACAACCUGACGACCCCCUUCACACACACGCGCACAGAAGCUGUGUCUGGCCUGAUACUUGGUCUGUUGCAUUACUUUUGCGCCCGUUGCUGCAUAAAACCUCCUCCAUCGCCCUGUUUCUAUCCGUCCCUCGACUCUGCAGCUUGUCAACUCGGCCCUGUGAAGGGAUUGCUGCUGUUCGCCAACAACUGCUUCUCCCACAUCCUCUCUAGCAGCUACAUGGCUCUAUAAACGAUUUAUAAAUCCCAGCGAGCCGAUACAAUUAGCCCAAAACAACAUCAAUCCAUUACAACAAUCAAAUAAGUUGCGAAAUUCGCGAGAAACCUCGACGAUCCCCGCACCAUCGACAAAGGGGGCAACAUCGCCGAAUCGAUAUUUGCUGCUCUGCACCGCGAGAGGUCUGAGCAGAGUAUAUCUCUUGCAAUAGACGGAAAUAAAAAUCUACACACCUGCCAAUACCUUUAAGCAAAUAUAUCACAAUGGCUUCUGAAGAGGAACCACGCCCGUCGCUGGCCUCAGAGACAAGUGUCCGCCUCUCGCCCAUCGAUCCCAAAGCUCCAUCGGCACCGCCUCAGCCUGAGUUUACGCCUCUCGUAUCAGUCGUUGGGUUUCAUCAUGCACGCGGCCCUGAAGUCGAAUCAUGGUUCGGUGUGGAAGACGGCUUUGACCCCGCUGCUGAGUAUGGCUGGGGUUUGCUGUCGUUCAUGGCCCUUAGUGAUGGCGCCCAUGCAUCCGAAGAAGACUUUUCGUAUUUCACUCUAUUAAAGCCCGCCACUGACACCACGCCAGCCACAUCCCUCUUCGGCAUCUCUUGCUCGCGACAACUUGACGCCAACGCCCUCAUCAAUAAACCAGCGGAUGUCACAAGAUCGACUGUACAAAAAGCGGUUGUCGUUAUUGCAGAUAGCCCCCAAUACUUCGGCAUGUUGCGCGAACGCUUAGGCAUGGUGACACACGCUUGGUUUGCUCAGCGUGAGUUUACUGACGUGGAGAUCCUCCGUCGCUUCCAAGAGAGUCUUGCGGAUGAAAAGUCGCGCGGAACUUUGAGUGAGGGAGCCGUAAGCCGCGAUCAAUAUCUCGGAAUGAGCUUGAGAGAGCUUAUCCACGAGUUCAAGUGGCAGACUCUGGUGCUACUCAAAUGCUGUCUUCUACAGCCAAAGAUGCUCUUCUUUGGCUCACGAUGUGACAGACUGUGCAUGGUGCAGUUCUCGCUGAUUUCACUGAUACCAGGAUUGAUCAAGAACUUGCAGGACUGUGCUGACCCCGAAUUGAACAAGUAUGCGGAGACCUUGGUUCAGCCGACAACCCUGCAGAGCAGCAACCGCAGCUCACUUUUACAGUUCAUGGGAUUGCCAUUGCAGUUGUUUGGUAAAGGAAGCAUCUUUGGGCCCUAUACGCCACUACAGCAGCUUGAUCUACUAGCGGAUGUUGGGACAAAGUCCUACAUUGUCGGUAGCACCAACUCUCUUCUACUUCAACAGAAAGACAAAUAUAGCGACAUCAUCAUCAACCUUGAUGACAACACCAUUGGCAUUUCUUCCCCAUCACUCCGCUCCGCUCUUACUCUCACAGCCGCAGAUCGCCGGUGGAUCGACUUCUUGACGCAAGAGAUUAACGAAACUUGGGAUGAGACGAACCCCAGCCGACCCAAAACAAUGCAGUACGCAGGCAGCGAAGAGUUCAUCAGAUCGCAAUUUGAAGCCUACAUUCUAGGCCUGAUCUCAUCUGUCAAGUACCACAACUUUUUGCAGGCUCAGGCGGGUGGCUCGAAGAACCCUCUUGCCCCCCCGGAAGAGGACCCCGUCGUGGAUUAUGGUCUAGAGUGGAUAGAAGCAUGGUUAAAGACUGAAAACUAUCGCCUGUGGAAUUCCAAAACAGAUCCCAAUCUCUUCGCUGUGUCAGAGCCAAAGCAUCCUUCUGCAGGCGGGCUUACCAUUGACGAUGUCCAGCGACGUAUUGCCGAGCAAGUCAAGGAUCUUCAUAUUGACGAGAAGCUCGCCCAAGGCCGUGAAAUGCUUGGCAGAAAUCUUGCUGCCGGACGCGACAAGGCCUCGAGCAUGUUCAACAAGCUAUACAGCGAUAUGGAGUAUCUUCGUGAAUCGCAACGCCGGCGCGCCGAAGAAGCAAAGACUGCCAGUGAAAAGAAUGGUAGUCCUGGCAAGCCUGCGGCUGGGGACGAAAAGGCCCAGGCCAAUUAUCCUGUAGACUUGGCCAAGGCUCAACAGACGAUGCAAAACGUCGGCAACAAAGCUGGAGCCUACGUAUCCAGCUGGGCCUCUUGGGCUGGCGAGAAGCGCAAGAACAGCAACUGGGGCUGGCGCAACAGUGGUAGUGCCAAGGAUACAACAGCACCUAAUACUCCUGGCAGCCCGAUCGAUAAGGACUAUCAGAUUGUCAACCUCCCGUCUGAGUCGAGCACGGCCGGCAAGCCCCGACCCAUCACCCAAGAGUCCUUCGGAGAGAGCAUUCUAUCGAAUGCGAGCAGCUCUGCUGAUCGACCUACAACAGCAUCAUCUGUCGACGGGUCCAGAGAUGCACCCCUUGAGGGCCUCGGUAUCACAACUGGACAUGUCCCUUCACCACCACACAAGAAAAAGGACGAUGGAUUCCAGACGGAGGAUCUUGUUGGUGCCACAUCCAAAGCCAAGAUCGAACAGCCUGUCGGAGAAGACAAAGCUGAACACUCUGCCAAGGAAGUCCAAGCCGAAAAUUCUGUCAAGGAAGCCGAGGCCGCUACAGAGGAAGCUGAAGAGACGUUUAGUGAUGCGCUACCAGCCCAAGAAACCUCGGACGAGUCCGCUGCCGUCGCUGCAAAGGGCCAUGAGGGGACGGAAUAAAUGACACAUGCCAUGAGAAAACAUCUCAAUGAAAAACAUACGCAUCUUGUAGAUACAAAAAAUUACAUCCUAGUUGAUGACUUAAUAGAUCACGAAAACUAACUGGAUUGGGUCAUCAUCAAAAUCCAUUCUAGUAGAACUGCCAUAACUACUUUUCUCCAUAUGUAAGACACUUGCUAAUAUCUCCAUCUAACCAUGCUACUCAGCUGAAAUCCCUUGCCCUUGCCCUUGUCCGGCGACGUUCAACGCCGAGAUCAAAUCUCAAAGUCCAACGUUCUGACCAUCGCAGAGGCCCUGAACUGAUAGGCUGACAACGUCUGUUUUGAGGCCAUCAUUGUUUACAAAUGGAAUCAUUACCGUCUCUAAUAACGCCACUAUGUCCACCACCUAUGCCAGGUAUCCAAGUUCAUCAUCCUCAAGACGCUCAAGAUAGUCCUUGUCCAGAAGAAUUUCGAUGCACUUCUUGAUGUCGCCGACCUUGGGGACGAAGCGACCUCGGAUCUGGUUAAUAGUCUCGCUGAUGAGCUGAGCAUGCUUCAUCUUCUUUCUGGCUUUCAUGAUUCGAACAAUGGCCGACUAGAAACACAAAAUAGUUAGCAUAGUCCUGUUGUAAGUAGCCAUCCUUUAUGUCUUACCUGGAGAACAAGCUUUCGAUCCUCUUCGAUCGUCUUGUUGGUCUCGACCUCUUCCUGUUUAGACUCUUUGACACCACCAAGGUUAAGAUUAACACGAAUCUUUUUGCUCUUGAAGUCGUAGUUCAACUUCAAAAUUUUACCAGGUCCAGGCUUGUCGCCACCUUCAACGAUAAGAACCUUGGCCUUGAGAAUGAUAGCCAAAGCUUGGUCCAGAACCUCUGCACUGAGCUGGGUGGCCGUGAGGAUGUCAUCGUAGGAGUGUGUAUCCUUUUCGUUGAAAACCAACAAAAUAGCCAUCUGGUAGAUGGAGACCUGGAAAGUGAAAGGUGUCUUGCUGCUCUUGCAGUAUCCUGUCUUGAUUUCACCUUUGCAAAGGUGCCAGAGCCAAGUAAGCUUUCUACCCUCGUGCUUGUGCUUGUAGAAUCUGGUAAAUCGUUCAAUUUCAGCAGCAAUAUCAGCAGGCGCCUGGAAAUCAGUGCUAGGAGCUGUCAGGGGCCAGAAGCCAGUACCGAGAAUCGAAAAUGUUGAAUCGACAACCUUGUCGUUGCCAAUGCCUUCUAAAUGGGAGCGGAAGUCUUUGUUAAGAUCCUUUGAAAUUUGGAUAUCUUGGAACAUGCGCUGGAGCUUGUUUGUGUACUCGAAACCGCAAGCCUCCUUCAGCUUGCUGAUCAUGCUAGUCUCAGCAUCGUCUGAAGACGAGUUGCUGUGUACUAAACGUCUCGCCAACAUGCGAGAGUAAAACUUUUGGAAAACAUCUUUAUCUUCGAUGUAUUUGAAAACAGUCAUGAGCUGGGUCAGUGUUUGCUCUAACUCUGCCUCUUCAAUGCUAGUGCUGCUCUUGCGAAGGAGGACAUCGGUAUAUUUGGCAAGUAGCUCGGGCGACUUGUUCGAGCCCGACUUGCAGACUUCGUUGCGGUUAACGAAUUCUCGACAGGCGUUAUCCAGUGAUCUCGUAAAUUCCGGUUCGUCGUUGAAUGCUAACUUAACAAGGCCUUGGUACUGCGUGUGGAUCUCGAGGAGAGCAUCCACGUAUACUUUUGGUUCAAGCUUAUCGCCUUCUGAAGUUUGUACCUUUUGUACAGCCGCAAGACCGGCUUUGCGGACAUGGGUUUCAAACUUGUUUCGAAGAGGCUCGAGACCGUCUGUUAUUCUGGAAAGAAGCUUGUACAUUCGUGCCAUGUCUUCCUCGCGGUUGUUGUCGAGCAGCACCUGGAACUCAUCCCGGAGUAGUACUGAGUGGUCUGCAAUCAGGGCUUGGUUGCAGCAUUUUCUGAGAGGCUGAGCAAUGUCUUGGUGAAGAUACAUAUCGACACGGUUCUCCUCUUCGGCGAGUCGGACUUCUGCCUUCUUCAUGUAUUCCACAACAGGGUUCUCCAAGACAAACUGCUUCGACUCUGCUUGGUAGAAUUCCUUUGUAGCGUCCAAGAAGGGGCGUUCAAAGUGGUAGCGAUAGACAUCUAGGGUCGAUUUAGACGGGUCGGCUUCGUCAAGACCAAGAGAAACAAAAGAGUUUACAACUUUUUUGAUUUGGUCCUGCUCAAUAGUCUCGCCGUUGCGCUGCUUUUCGACGAGCUUAAGGACAGCGUCCAUGACCUUGCCCGAGACCUGGGCGAAGAGCACCUGGCGCCAUUGGACUAGAUGCAGCGUGUAAACAUCAUAAAUGUUCUUCUUGCCCUCGUCGAUUUCUCUCUUGACCCAGUGUCGGUUCAGGUAUCGGAAGAGGUGAUGGAUGUAUUUCGCAGCAACCGUAUAUCUGUCCCAUUCUUUAAUGUAAUAGGCCAGGAGGCCUUCGUCCGUAUGCGACUUGGAUUCUUCAACGAGGCUCUCCAGAUGUCUCUUUAAAUAGUCGAUCAAUUGGUUGUAGAGUUCUUCGCCGAGAAGAUGUGCUAUAAUAUCAUUCAUUGUUAGCCGUUGACAUGCCUCCCAAAUAUCGCAAACUUUGAUGCUUACCGCCACGGUGUUUAGAGUGCAUCGCAGGACCACCAACAGUGACUGCUUUUUGAGAAGUGCAAAAAUUGUGAACCGCACUGCACGAGGUUAGCCGCUACCAAGAAGAAAGACGACGAGUUUGAAUACGACAUACGUGUAAACUCCCAUGUAAAGCUGCAUGUUCAUGCCUUGUUCGAGCUCGUUCAUAACCUUAUUGAUUCCGUGCACCAAGUAGUCCCAGCUGCAUACGAUUAGCUCCCCAUCAUCCACGGGGACGGGUGUCUGGUACUCACGUUGCGUCAACAUCCUCACGGUUAGGCACCGCGGGCAUUUGGCUGGGCGUCGCGGAUCUGGAAGCCAUGGUGAUGAACUGGUAGCGCUGGCUUUUCGCGCGGACGUGAGGCGGGGGUUUCGGAGAGAGGCUACGCAAUGAGCUUUAGCCGCCUUGGAGGCAAGGGCGGCGUAGAGAAGAGGCGAAUCUGAACAGAGAUGAACUGAUGAUAUGCAGCAGUGUUGAUUGCAGCGUGGCAGGCGCUGGUGUUGGAACAGAACAGGCACACGAGAGGAGCACGUUAUGAUGGAGAUGGCAGAGCGGUGCCGCCAAAGACUGGUACUGGCGGUUGGGUGACUGCGGGGAGGCCUGCGUCGAGUAAUGAGUGGGCCGAGCCGACAGAUUGUCACGGUGGCCUGGCGGCGUUGUGAUGGAAGAGCAACAGUGAAGCGGGCGUGAAGAAGAAAGCGAGAGGAAGGAUUCGAAUGCAGAUGAGAAAAGCGAGAAGGAACACGAAUGUGCAGAAGAAGGCAAAGGGGAG